AUGCAUCUAACCACCAAUCUAUGGCUUUUAUCGCUGAUGCUGAUAUCCCCGUUAUCGGGCGCAACUCCAUCAACACAACCAAUUCACAAAGCCUCCCAAGUCUACGACACAACGGAUCAAUUACCCCUACCAAAUAAAGGGAAUAUAGCCGUUCACGACCCCAACAUCCUCCUCUGGGAAAACUACUACUACCUCUUCAAAGGGGGUUUUCACAUCCCCAUAUUCCGCACCCAAAACCUCACCGGACCCUGGGAACAAGUCGGCACCGUCCUCUCACAAGACUCAAUAAUCGACAUGAAAAACAGAUCCAGACCCUGGGCCCCGACAACCAUUCAACAAAACGGUACUUUCUACUGCUACUACUCAGUCAGCCAGUCUGGAUCCCAAGACAGCGCAAUAGGCGUCGCAACAUCCACCUCCCUCGACAGCAACGGAGGAAAAUGGACAGACCACGGCGCAGUAAUACGUACCGGGAAGGGAACUGAUUCCCAUAUCUGGCCAUACAAUAUCACCAAUGCCAUUGAUCCAUCCUUCAUCACUGAUAACGAGACUGGAGCAAGUUAUCUCAAUUUCGGAAGCUUCUGGCAUGAUAUUUGGCAGGUUCCUCUUUCGGAGAAUCUACUUUCUGUACAGGAUUCGGAUGCGCCGGACGCGAAACAGUUGACUUUUAUUCCGGAGCAAAAGCAGAAGCCGGAGGAAGGGUCUUGGAUGAGUUUUCGGGAGGGGUAUUAUUAUGCUUGGUUCAGUCAUGGGCAGUGUUGUCAGUUUCGUGGGGGAUUCCCGGCGAGGGGACACGAGUAUGAUAUUCGGGUUGGAAGAUCUGAGAGUGUGAGGGGACCGUUUUUGGAUAGACAUGGUGAUAAGUUGCUUGAUGGUGGUGGGACGAUUGUUUAUGCGUCGAAUCACGGGGAGGUUUAUGCUCCUGGUGGACUUGGUGUGUUGGCUGGGAAUGAUUCGGUGCCGGAUAUUUUAUAUUAUCAUUAUUUGAACACGACUGUUGGGUUUAGGAAUGGGGAAGCUCACCUGGGCUGGAACUAUCUGAGAUACGACGAUGGAUGGCCCGUCGUCCUUGAUGGAAUUGAUAUCUCAAGUAGUGCUGGAUCUAUCCUGCCUGUUCCGAGGUGGUUAGCGUUGACGAUAUCAAUG